AUGGGAUCCGAGCUGCUGCCGCUUGGCCCUGUCGGAAGCUGGGCCGGGGUUGGCGGGGGUGGCGGUGGGUUCGGUGGGGAACAUGAUGCGAGCGAAGGCCUGCCAAGUAUUCUCGAUGCUAUCCCUGCUUGGAAGCGACCCAGGUUGCUGAAGGGUUUGCAGGAGCGGGAAACGGAGUACACCACCGUGGAAGGCGUCGGAGUCUUCAUCGGGACGUGGAACGUCAACGCCAAGAAGCCCAACUUCGAUGACCCUUUGUGGCUGCACGAGUGGCUUUGCCCCGCGGAGGGUCCAGAGGGCAAAGAGCGUAGCAGCGGGGAUGCCUCAUCGGCACCACCAGCAGCAGCAAAGGCUGGGAAUGCUGAAAGCGUUUGCGCCGAGACCUCUGCCAGUGAGGAAGGCAACGGAAUGGAAGACGUAUACGCUAUCGGGUUCCAGGAGUUGGUCGACCUCAACGCUGUCAACGUUGCUGUCGACAUCAAGAGUCAGAAGCGAAGCGUAGAGUGGGAAGAGCGUGUGCUCUCCUCGCUCAACCUCGCGGCGCUCCAUCAGGCCAACAAGAGAAGAAGGAGGGCGAGCGAAACCCCUCUUGUGCCUCGCUCGUCGGCGACGACCGGGGGAGCGCAAGAAAAGGGCGCUUCCGACACGGCCAAGGAGACGGUGCCGCCGGACGGCACGACACAACAGCCCCCCGAUUUCCUUAACGACGACGACGUUCUCGACGUGGUAUCCGUCGCGAGCCUCGCGGAGACCGACAACGGUCUGCAGCAAGACGAAGGAGUAGAAGUCGGCAUAUCUCUUCCUCAUGCUGCAGCCAGCGACACGGCUACCAGUCCGAGCGCAACAGAGCGGGAUAAUUUCCACCGCGACGAGCCGUCGAAGUCGCACGGACCGGCUAGCCUCGGCGACGCCGGAGGGGUUAGCGACGAAGGGACGACGUUCGUGCUGGUGGCCAAGGAACACCUGGUCGGGACCUGGCUGGCGGUGUUCGUGCGGGCGUCAAUGCUCAAGCAGGUCUCCGACGUGCGCUCGGCGACCGUUUCCGCGGGCAUGAUGGGCGUGAUGGGCAACAAGGGUGGCGUCGGUAUCCGCCUGCGCCUCCGCGACAGCUCUCUGUGCUUUGUUUCGAGCCACUUGGCGGCUCAUCGGGAAAACAUCAAGGCCAGAAACGAAAACUAUCAGAAGAUUUUGCGAGAAAUGGUGUUCCAGCCUCUGCCGGGGGCGGAGUGGCGUCGGCCACAGCAGCAACCACAGCGGCGAAUGAACAGCUUCCGGGGCGGGGGGUCAUCACCCCCGACCUCCCCGGGUACCAGGAGACGCCUGAGCGUGACAACUCGGCUGAUGAAUCCUUUGGGUGGGGGAGGUGCGUCGGCAACCGUGGGAAGGGGACGAGCGUCGGAGUCGGGACCGGGGUCGCUGAACUACCGGAGGAAGUUGAGCGUGGCCGCGCCGUCUCUUUCGGGUAUCCUGUCCCCACGGCACAAGCCCAACGGUGAUUCAUCCUUCGCGUCUACUUCGUCGAAGAGAACGGUUUCUUCUUCCUGCUCUCCGAAGAGAACAGCCGCGCGUGACGGCGAUACCGAUGCCUCCUGCGGCUGUCUCUCGCUCCCGACGUCUCCGGACUACACCAAGCAGCGGCAGGCUCGACACCAGCAGAGGGUGCAGAGGGGGCGGGCUGCGAGCUUCUGCCGGGAGCUGUCCCCUCUCCAGGACGACGGCAGCCGCGGCCGCCGUGCCAGACCGCGGCGGCGCAACAGCAUGUGCAUGUCUUGGUCGGGGGCUUCGUUUACCUCCGUCAUGCCGUCGGCUUCCUCCUACUCAGCCGCGUCUUGCUGCCCCCCCCCGCCCCCGGCAAAACAAACCCCGCCCAUCGGUCAGCGAGAGCUGCAGUCCUUGCCACCGGCUCUCGCUAUCACGGUUGCCUCGGCCCCUUCCAUCACGGCCGUCGGCGCCGAGUCUACCUCCAGCGCGGUAGCCGCCGCAGAUCGUGCCGGACAGCCCCUCGAUCGCAAUGUCUCAGAUGAUGACUGGCCGAGUGCUUCGGAUGACGGGUCAUCGUCGUCAGAUUCCGCGGGUGGAUCUCCUACGGCCGCAAGUGUCGGGGCCCCGCCGAGUAGCGCGAACAGCGCGUCUGCCAUCGCGGCCUUCGAAAUGAGGAGACUGAAUACGGCGGUUGCGAUCGACGACCUCUGUGGGAACGCUACUACAGGCGACGGGCAGACAAAGCCUGUGGUGGUCGGAGGCCACGAGUUCACCGGCGGUGCCGGAGGCGAUGGCAGCACUGUUGCAAGUUUGUUGCGCAUGGGAGACGGGGAAACCGAAACGCUGCCCUCAGGCGUGUUAGGACGGGGCACGGCGAUCGGUGCCGAGGGCGGCUUUGGUGGUGGUGACGGUAGCGCCAGGGUCAGGUCUAAUGCGGUGUUGGGCGGAGGAGGGCAGGGCGGACCCACGCAGGUGCUCUUCGUCCCGGAAAUAACUACGCACAACACUGGCGAGCACUUGGGGAUCCAGGAUCACGACGUUGUCUUCUGGUUCGGAGAUCUCAACUACAGGAUAGAGUCAUCCAUCGCUGCGCUGGAGGUGCUGGCUCACGCCGUAUCAGGUGGGGUGUCCUUCCUCGCCGCCAACGAUCAGCUCAACAGCGCCCGGGAGGCGGGCGACGCCUUUAGGGGCUUCCACGAGGCGCCGAUUGACUUCCCGCCGACGUACAAGUACGCCGCGGGCACCGACGACUACGACACGCGAAACGACAAGAAGUUUCGGGCGCCCGCGUGGUGCGACAGAAUUCUGUUCUGGACCUCUGGCGGCGAUAACGGGACAGACUCAACUGUGCCGAAGGACGUGAAAACAGUGACAGCAGGAUCCGUCCGGCAGCAUGCCUACAGGCGAUCGGAGACGCCGCUGACUUCUGACCACAAGCCUGUCUCGGCGUCGUUUUGGUUCGGGUGCAAGCAGGUCGACUCAGACAUCUAUUCCAAGGUUCUCCUGGAUGUUGUGAAGAAGGUGACAAGAGCAGCCGGCGACGUGAAACCGCAGGUUGAUAUUGUCGAGGGAGGAAACGCCAUGGACUUCGGAGAUGUCCAGUACGGGGUGCCGCAAACCCGCUCCGUGUGGAUUGCUAACACCGGAAGAGUCCCCGCAACCUUUAGCGUGCAUUCCUCCCAGCACCCCGUCCCGAAAAAUUCGAGCCCUGACCGGCCGAGAUCCCCCCUCGGCAGCGACGACCUACGCAACCUGGAGGCAAAAAAAGACCACAACGAGUCCGACACGGAAGAAGGCAAGGGUAUUGACGACUUGUUCGGCCCGGCGUCGUCCUGCUCACCAAAUGAAACCGGGGAGGGAGGAGGGGGAGCGGCAAGUGGAGGGAGAAAGCAGGAUGACAACAGCGGUGGCAAGGAAAUCCUAUCCGAUGAGGGUGGGAAGGAGCAGGAGGAGGUGGGCGAGGGAGCUUUCUCUCCCGCAAGCGGGAGCGGGGGCGAGGUAACGCCGGCCCCAGCGGCAGUGGAGGACACUAGCAAGUGGUGCUCGGUUUCCCCGGAGCAAGGCGUUUUGCUUCCGGGAGAGAGGCUCGAAGUAAAGUUCACGCUACUGGUCUUCGGCUUGGCCGGCCGCGCCUUGGCCACCGGACGGAUGUCUAGCAUCCUUGACGACAUCCACGUUCUCAGAGUUGAGCGAGGCAGUGACAGGUAUAUCGCUGUGAGCGGGAACUACGAGGCGUCCGUCUACGGGAGUACCCUCCCGGCCAUGAUGUCCCCCAAACCAAUCUCAGCGACGCUGAACAGUUCAACCGACGCCGCAAGCAACGUAGCGCGCGGGGGCGGGCUUUAUGAGGGCCGCCGCAUAGGGACGGGGGACGACGAGGGUGCACGGCGGCACGAGGGGACGGCAGCGGGGGCCAUCAGUGGUUCCGUCACGGUUCCUCUGGUGGAUGCUGACGCUGGCAGAGAAGACGGAGCGGGAGCUCGUAUGUCCUCCGGGCAGAAGACAGUACGGAUUCCACGCCAGGUCUGGAGGAUGGUGGACGCUCUGUUGAAGGAUUCUCACUAUGAUCAACCCGGGUUACUUGUGGACAAGGGCAACGAGCAAGAAAUUCUGGGAAUCCGAGCUGCGGUGAACGCCGGGGCUGAGUUUCCACCACAUUGCGCGAACUCCAUGGUCGAGGCGUUGGUAACCCUGCUGGGAAGUCUUUCGUCUUCGGUCAUCCCCGAAAGCGCGUGGGCGGCCGUCUCGGAGGCAGUGGCAGAGCUCGAUGCCGAAGAGAGAGCAAGCGCGUUGAUGGGCGGUAUGCCGACGUUGAACCGAGACGUCUUCGAGUACCUCAGUAGGUGCGCAAGUAGUUUACUAUUUCGACGAACCUGA